AACCUGAAACAAAUUUUUUGUAAAAUACUUUUGAUCGUUUGAAAGCCCUAAGCCUGGCAUAGAUUUGUUAUAUUUUGGUUGGUUCAUGCUUUAAUUUAAUUCAUCGAUAAUAAAUUUGUACUGAGGGCAAUUAAAUGCAUGAAAUUUUCCUUUUACUUCCCAAAAAAGAACCUCGGGACAAAGGAUUUCAAAAAAGUUAAUGAAUUUACGAGAAUCUCGAAACCGAAUUCCACAAACAACGUUUUCGCCUUUUUUGAUUCCAAGGGAAAAAAACAUGAACGCUUUGAUGAUUAACACAAGAUUGAUCUCUUUGCCCAUGAAUUUAUGAAUAGGCCUAUUCGAAGAAUUAUGAUCCGAUCGGUGGUGUUAGUAGAUCUCUAUGGAGGGUGUAUCGUUAAACUCAUCGGGAAAUUAAUUUUAUGUACUUUGUAUCAAACAAAUAACCAUAAAGCUACAAAGCCCAGCCAGUCACUCAACUAGAACUUGUCACUUGAUUGCCCCCAAAAUUGAACUCCAUUAGCUUGAUGCAAAUAUGAAGGACCUCAAUAAUAAAGUAGACUGACUGACUGACUGACCUCCUAAUGAUGGGAAAUGGAUUCUUUUCUUUCGCUCGCAUUUUCGAUGCAAAUGGUCAUGCAUGGAGCAUGAAUGAGCGCGGGAUCGAGGGCCAUCUCCUCAUCAUUACAUCUCUCCAUCUCGGUCUUUCACUUUCGAGAGGUGGAACUUGAGGUCCAUCUGUCGGAUUUGAUCCAUUGCUCUUCAAGUCCAUUAUCAGUCAAAUGAAGCAGAACAAAGGGAAGGCUUCUCUCGAUCUGUUCCCUACGCCUUCAAAACGGACACACUCUCCUCCAACCACACUUGAAAAGAAAAAGUUCAUCCAUUCAUAAAUCGACGUACGUACGUAUCCUGGAUCUCCUAUCCAUUGCAUAUUGCCGCUAAUUCCAGGAAUAACCCUCCAUACUCCAACUGCUGUCGUGUCAUAGCUCACUGGGCACAUUUGCAGUUACCCAUUUCCUAGUUAGCGCUCGCAGAGAUCUUCAAGAUAUCCCUACUCACUCCACAGAAUACGUACAUACACUACUAGCUCGUCAAUCCUUGACAACUCUCGUGAAAGCAAAAGAGAGACAGAAAGACUUGGACCACGGACCCAGAGUGAACCUUCGUUUAUAUACUUCAUUGACGUUUUCCACCCAAAGAUGCCCGAGCGAGAAUGCCUCGAAAAUACUCCCCCUCCUCCUCCUCCUCCUCCUCCUCGCCCUGCCUUGUAGCACGUAGUAGUUCUCCUCCUCCUCCUCCUCCCUGACAAUGUCUCUCCCGUUCGCCUCGUCGUUCAUUGGUCGAGGACCGCUCGAAACACGCCAAGAGUCGACGAAUCGAGGGCGGAGUCAAGACACGUCAGUCUCGGAAGAUCUCGACGCUGUCUAAUCCCAGUCAUAAAUCCGUGAUUGAAGAGUGUGGUGAUUGCUCCUUGGAACUCGAUUGGAAUUGAACCAGUGCUAGUGGUGAAGAGCACAGUGUGAUGAGCUUUUGAGAUUUGAGAGUUCCCGGGACCAAGAUGCAGCAUACAUUCAUGGAGGACUUUGAGCCGGUGGAGUUCGAUUCCCAGACUCAGGCUCGGUUGGACGAGGCUGUGGAUAAGUUGCUGAAGGGCUACGAUUGGACCUUGGCACCAUUGGCGCAAAAUGAUUUUCUUUCUAGAAUGGAUAAACGCAAGACCCAUGUGAAGCGACCCAUGAAUGCAUUUAUGGUUUGGGCUCAGGCGGCACGUCGCCGAUUGGGGGACCAAUAUCCCAGUUUACACAACGCGGAACUCAGCAAAACCCUCGGGAAAUUGUGGAGGAUUCUGAAAGAAGAAGAAAAAAUGCCAUUUCAGCGGGAGGCCGAGAGGUUGCGCGUCCGUCAUAAGCGAGAACAUCCUGAAUACAAAUAUCAACCACGGAGACGGCGGCAGAAGCAAGGGGGUGUGGUAAAAGCGGGAUCUGUUUCCUCCACAUCUUCGGGUUCUUCAGCCGCAGCCCCAUCGUCGGCUAGUGUUUCCACCACGAGAACCCCACAAUCGAGCCCUGGAGUUUCUGAUCGGGAAGAGAACACCCUGACCCCACCUACCACGCCACUACACGCCACAUCACCACCCUUUGAUAGAACGCGGGACAGACAUGCCCACUCAUCUUUUUUGAAUGGGGGAACUGUCUCUGGCAUUGGAUGCAUGGGUUCUGCUUUGGCAGCAUCUGCCAAUGGGGUUACCCAUCAAUUCGGCGAUUUCAACGGAUCUCAUGGGUCUUCCAUUUCAACCGAGGGAUACUGGUCGGGUCACAACCAUGUUCCGAACCGCGGGUCAGUGUUUCAUUCGGCUAGCCCUGGAUCUCAUGGUACGCCCUCUCCUCACAGUAGUCCAUCCAUUCCUGUUACUGCCAAUGCUAACUGUUCAAACUUGAAUGAAUACGGUAACCCUGAGGAAACCCCUACGUUCAUGGGCGGCGGUUCGGUUGUUGCCGGUCGAUCCUCAGCUGGGGCCACUUAUCCUCAGUACUUCGGCAUGUACUACCAUCACUCCCAUGCAAUGCCGCAUGGCUCAUACGCAGCUGCUUCUUCAACGUCUCCCUCGUCUUACCAGCAUCAAUUCAACCCUCAACGAUCUACAAGCACUUCAUCGUCAGGCCAUCUUGAGCAGCCUCAUCCCGCUGUGCCUGGAAAUCCGUGGGUUAAUAUUCAAUGACAUGACCAGAUUUGUUUUCAAAGUUCUAUUCUACAAUCACAGAAUAAACACGAUAGUAUAAGUAAUU